CUUUUCAAGCUGAAAUUCUGUCGGUGAGCUGGACCUGGACAGAGGCAGCAUAUUGUACAAAUUAUUAAUUCAGAAAGAGACAUGGCUUCAGUGUGGAAAAGACUACAGCGUGUGGGAAAACAUGCAUCCAAAUUCCAGUUUGUGGCAUCCUACCAGGAGCUCAUGGUGGAAUGCACAAAAAAAUGGCAGCCAGACAAGUUGGUGGUCGUAUGGACACGCAGAAGUCGCCGGAAAUCCUCCAAGUCUCACAGUUGGCAGCCGGGCAUUAAGAACCCUUAUAGAGGAGUGGUGGUGUGGCCUGUUCCCGAGAACGUGGAAAUCACCGUCACGCUUUUCAAGGACCCUCAUGCCGAAGAAUUUGAAGAUAAGGAGUGGACGUUUGUCAUUGAAAAUGAGUCUCCAUCGGGUCGGAGGAAAGCCCUGGCGACCAGCAGCAUCAAUAUGAAGCAGUAUGCCAGUCCAAUGCCCACCCAGACUGACGUCAAACUCAAAUUCAAGCCCUUGUCCAAGAAAGUGGUGGCAGCCACCCUGCAGUUCUCUCUCUCCUGCAUUUUCCUGCGAGAAGGCAAAGCCACGGAUGAGGACAUGCAGAGUUUGGCCAGUCUGAUGAGCAUGAAGCAGGCAGACAUUGGCAACCUGGAUGACUUUGAGGAGGAGAAUGAGGAGGACGAGGAGAACAGGGUCAACCAGGAGGAGAAAGCCGCCAAGAUCACAGAGCUCAUCAGUAAACUGAACUUCUUAGAGGAGGACAGCCAGGACCCACCCAACAUGAGCACCAACCCUUUUGAGGAACCUGACGAAAACUGUGCUGACCUUAACCCGUUUGGUGAUCCAGAUGAGGAAGAACCUCCCUCCCAACCUGCCCUCCAGUCCAGUAUGAAAGAACAGGAACCAUUCGAUGAUCAGGAUCCAUCCAACCCCUUUAACGAACCUGACCCGGAACCAGCAAGCUACGGCAACCCCUUUGAUGAGCCUGACCCAGAGCCAGAGAGGUCACCACCUAAGCCCAGCAAGAGAAAGAAUGUACGGCCGGUAGACAUGAGCAAGUACCUGUACGCUGACACCUCAAAGACCGAGGAGGAGGAGCUAGACGAAUCCAACCCUUUCUAUGAGCCCAAAACCUCUAGUCCUGUCCCACCCUCCCCACCAAGCAGUCUAGAGAGACACACUAAGAGAAAGGCCCCUGCACCACCCAGCGUGGGCCCUUCACCAGCACCGGCACCAAAGACUGCCCCCGAGCGACCCCCCACAGGCCCUGCUGCUGUGGCUGCUGUAGUGGGGAAGGAACUGGCUUCCUCUUCUCCCAAGCAAAGUCCCAUUCCCAGUCCGGUGUUGGGUGGAAAGCCCAAUGCCAGUCAGUCCCUGCUGGCCUGGUGCCGAGAGGUGACCAAAAACUAUCGCGGUGUCAAAAUCACCAACUUCACGACGUCCUGGAGGAAUGGCCUGGCCUUCUGUGCUCUACUGCACCACUUCAGGCCAGAUCUCAUUGACUACAAGGCCCUCAAUCCUCAGGAUAUUAAAGAAAACAACAAAAAGGCUUACGAUGGCUUUGCCAGUUUGGGGAUCUCUCGGUUGCUGGAGCCUUCAGACAUGAAGGUACAAUCUAGACAGGAGGAGCUAAAAGAGAGAGCAAGGCUUCUGUUGGAGCAGGCCAGACGAGACGCUGCCAUGAAAGCAAGCAAGAACACCUCCAAUGCCCUUUCCUCCACUCCAACCCGAGCCCCACAGAUCACUGACGAGCGGGAUGAGGAGAGACGCAGGCAGCUGAGAGAACGCGCACGCCAGCUAAUAGCCGAGGCACGAUCUGGUGUCAAGAUGGCUGAGCUCCCCCUCUACAGCGACAGUACAGCAGCCACGAACAAGUUGAAAGGAAGGUCAAAGGCAGCUGGAGAGCAAAACAGCAGGCAUGUGGAUCUGAAGCUGAAAAAGCUGGUGGAGGUUCGGCCACAGGGACUGAGCUCCCCUUCCUCUUCCUCCUCUUCAUCCUCCCUCACAGCCUCCACCACCUCCCCGCUCAGCCCUAGUAAUGCGGACGAGCUACGAGCCGAGCGUCUGCGCAGAGCCACGGAGAGACUGCGCAGUCCCGUGGUUUUCACCAAAGAAUCUGCAGUCAGAAAAACACAGCUGAAGUCCUUCAGUCAGUAUGUGGCUGACAGACCAGAGGUAAAAAGGCAGAGAUCAGUGCCAGAAGAUUUAAAGAGAACAAAUGAAGAGAGAGGCCUACCGACAGAGACAGAGGGACGAAAGGCGCCUGAAGACGAAGUACUUAAUAAAGCGUUCAAAGACACCAGUCAGUAUGUAGUGGGAGAGCUGGCAGCGCUGGAGAGUGAGCAGAAGCAAAUUGACACGCGGGCGUCGCGGGUGGAGAAGAGGCUGCGCUAUCUCAUGGACACAGGGAAAAAUAAGGAGGAGGAGGAGGCCAUGAUGCAGGAGUGGUUCAUGCUGGUCAACAAGAAGAACGCUCUGAUCCGCCGACAGAACCAGCUCUCUCUGCUGGAAAAGGAGCAUGAUCUGGAGAGACGCUUUGAGCUGCUGAACCGGGAGUUAAGAGCAAUGCUGGCGAUUGAAGACUGGCAGAAGACAGAAGCCCAGAAGCGUAGAGAGCAGCUGUUGCUGGAUGAACUGGUCAUACUGGUGAACAAACGGGAUGCACUGGUUAGGGACUUGGACGCCCAGGAAAAACAGGCCGAGGAGGAGGACGAGCACCUGGAGAGGACGCUGGAACAAAACAAAGGCAAGAUGGCCAAGAAAGAGGAGAAGUGUGUUCUUCAAUGA